AUGAAAAAAGCAGCAAAUUUAUCAAAACAGGAAAUAGAUUUGCGAAAAAAAUGUAAUGAAUAUGCUUCCCAACAAGUAGAAAUUCAAAAAAAACAGUUAGAACAAUUAGGAAUAUUUACUGACUACGGCAAAUUCUAUAUUACCAAGGAUAAACACUACGAAGCCGAGCAAAUCCGCAUUUUUGCAGAAACGGAUAUUUUCGGUGCCGAACUGAUUGGUUUAAAAUAUUAUCAUCCUUAUCAACAAGAAAUAGUUAGCAAAAUUAUUGACGGAGGAGAACUUAUUGCUGAACAAGAGGGAACCGGUAUUUUACAUUGUGCUCCGGCUUUUGGUGCUGAGGACUUUUCCUUGGCUCAAAGGGAAAAAUUAACUAUUACUUGUCCUCUUGAUGAAAAAGGCUAUUUUACCCAAGAAAUUAAAAUUCCUGAGUUAAUCGGAAAGCAUUACCAAGAAGUUAGCAAAUGA